AUGAGAGCUCUCUUAGGCCUUGUUGUUCUUGGCUAUUUCUCCAGCCUCUUGGUUGGAGUUGUUGGAUGUCGAACGGACGACGACUGCAGUCUCAACGGCCUUUGCGAUCAAAACUCCUCCUGUGUCUGUGACAAAGGAUGGCGUUCUGCCGACUGCAGUGAACUGGAUUUGCAGCCAGUCGAGCGUUGGACAGGGUACAACCACACGAACGCGACAGGAUCAGACUUCUACAAGGAGGGCGCCGGAAACUCUUCCUGGGGAGGUCACAUCAUCCAAGAUCGCGGAGACAAGGGCCUCUUCCAUCUCAUUACGUCGCAAAUGUCACACGGCUGUGGUCUCUCUGGUUGGCGGCCUUUCAGCACCAUCAUCAGAGCCGAGUCUCGCACUGGGCCAAGAGGCCCGUAUAAUUACGCCCAAACAUUAUUCAGCACUUUUCAUCACAAUCCCACGACUAUUUGGAGCCCAGCGGAUGAAAAGUUCUUGAUCUAUUUUAUCGGCAAAGACGUCGAGGUUGGCGACGUUUGUAAAUCCCAGAAGUGGAACAAUACGAUCUCGGUUUCCUCGUCGCCGGAUCUCAGAGAAUGGACGACACCCAUCCCGCAGGUUAUCAACGUCACGAACCCUGCACCGUGGCCGCUGUGGACAGCUGAGGAUCCCACGCACGAGAUCCUACUCGCUGUGGAGAAGAACAACAUCUACCACGCAGAUAACUUCUCUGCACCCCACGAGCUUGUUGUUGAACCGCGAAACACGGAGCGCAGUGAAGAUCCAUUCCUUUGGAGAGACAAACGAGGACAUUGGCAUAUUCUGGUUCACCACAUGGUCGAUAUCGCGGAAGGGAGAAAAGGGCCGCGAGUCGGCGCACAUGCUUACGCUCGCAAUUGGGAGGGUCCUUGGACUUACAACAAUAACACCUUGACGUACAACACAACCGUUGAGUUCACCGAUGGUGUCAAGUUAGACUACUAUCGCCGGGAGAGACCAAAGUUGUAUUUCAGCGGUGACGGACAGAUGACUCCACUUUACCUGCUCAACGGGGUGCAGGAGUUCAAUAAUUCCGGAAGCUACACCUUGAUUCAGCCGAUUGGCAAGGAAUCGAAGGUUUUUGAAAGAAGUCUUGGAUUGAAUUGA